GACUUCAAAAGAAAAACAAGAUGGCGCUGAGUGUAAACAGUUAAAACACGUGCACCUGUGUAUUUUGUAUUGUUAUUUAAUUUAAUUAAAAAGCUCAUAUAAGUAUUCAAGUGAAAUAUUUUAAUUUUUUAAAUAAAAAAUGCCAGUAGAUCAGAGAAGAAUUAAUGGUCCCGAAGUAUCAAUUCCUUACAGUGUUUAUAUUGACAAAAGUGCAAAAGGCAUAUCUCAAGAAAAUACUUUAAAAAAAAGGGAAGAUGGAAGAAAAUUUGAUGAACUUAGAAAAAUGUUUGUCAAAGUUGGAAUUGUGAGUCAAGCAAAGGGUUCUGCUUAUAUUGAAAUGGGUCGAACUAAAGUAAUAUGUUCAGUAUUUGAUCCACGGGAAAUUCCAAAUAAAAGCAACUAUUCACAUCAAGGUGAAUUAUUUUGUGAAUUUAAAUUUGCUACUUUUUCCACGUCUAAAAGAAAAAUUCAUCAACAAGAUUCUGAAGAAAAGGAAUAUAGCUGUGUUAUGCAAAGAGCAUUGGAACCAGCAGUGUGUCGUAGUGAAUUUCCGAAUUUUCAAGUGGAUAUUUAUGCACUAGUUCUCGAAAAUGGUGGAUCAGCGUUAGCUGCUGCAAUUAUGGCUGCAAGUUUAGCUUUGUCUAAUGCCAAUGUUCCAAUGUUUGGUCUCGUAACAGCAGUAACAAUGGGAAUUCGUGACGAAGUUAUUUUUCUCGAUCCAACAUCAGAAGAAGAAUCACUGUGUUUUUCGUUAUCAAAAAAUGAGAUUAAAAAACAAAAUAAUCACGGUCUCAUUGUACAAGCAUCGAUGACACAACAUUCACAAAUUUCUGAAUUCUUUUUUACUGGGAGUUUAGAUGUGGAAUCAAUAAAAUCACAAACAGAAAAACUUAAUAAAGCUGAGGAGAAAAUAUUUCCAAUAAUGCAACAAUCAUUAAUUAAAUCUGUAUCAAAAUCAUUAAAAAUUACGAACCAAGAGUCAAGUCAAAAUGAAAUGGAAACUUAAAAUUAGUAUAAAAUUAUUUUUAAUUAUAUAUAUUUUUUAAAUAAUAAAUUUACAUUGACGUAAAAA